GAAGGAAGGAAGGAAGGAAGGAAGGAAGGAAGGAAGGAAGGAAGGAAGGAAGGAAUCGUUACCUAAAAGAAAGGUCUUUCAGUUGACAUAUAUAUUUCUUUUGCCAGUGGACCUGUUGGACUUAAACUCAACGAAUGAAGCUUUUAAAGAGCACAAAUUGAUUCAGAAUGAUCAGCUCCUUGGUGUUCAGGAUAUCAUCAGCUGUCUCACUACGAUUUACAGUGGAAUGGAAGAGAAGCACAAGGAUCUUGUGGACAUUCCACUCUGCGUAGAUAUGUGUCUCAACUGGCUACUCAAUGUUUAUGAUAGUGCCCGGACUGGAAAAAUCAGAGUGCAGUCCCUGAAGAUUGGCUUGAUAUCUCUUUCUAAGGGUCUCCUGGAAGAAAAGUACAGAUAUCUCUUUGGUGAAGUGGCUGGACCUACCGAAAUGUGUGACCAGAGGCAGCUUGGCUUGUUACUGCACGAUGCUAUCCAAAUCCCACGGCAGCUUGGGGAAGUAGCCGCUUUUGGAGGCAGUAACAUUGAACCCAGUGUCCGCAGCUGUUUCCAGCAGAAUAAUAAUAAGCCAGAAAUUGAUGUAAAGCAGUUCAUAGAUUGGAUGCAUCUGGAGCCACAGUCAAUGGUAUGGUUGCCAGUUCUACACAGAGUAGCAGCCGCAGAAACAGCAAAACAUCAAGCCAAGUGCAACAUCUGUAAGGAAUGUCCAAUUGUUGGCUUUAGAUAUCGGAGCCUGAAACAUUUCAAUUAUGAUAUUUGCCAGAGCUGUUUUUUCUCUGGUCGAACAGCAAAGGGUCAUAAAUUACAUUACCCAAUGGUGGAAUACUGUAUACCAACCACAUCAGGGGAAGAUGUACGUGAUUUCACCAAAGUGCUAAAAAAUAAGUUCCGAUCCAAGAAAUAUUUUGCUAAACACCCACGACUUGGUUAUCUGCCAGUGCAAACAGUCUUAGAAGGCGACAAUUUAGAGACUCCUAUCACGCUUAUUAGUAUGUGGCCAGAACAGUAUGACCCUUCCCAAUCUCCCCAACUAUUUCACGAUGACACCCAUUCCAGGAUAGAGCAAUAUGCUAACAGGCUGGCCCAGAUGGAGCGGACCAAUGGCUCCUUCUUCACAGAUGGUAGCUCCACCACAGGAAGCGUGGAAGAUGAGCAUGCUCUUAUCCAGCAGUAUUGCCAGACUCUGGGAGGUGAUUCGCCAAUGAGUCAGCCACAGAGUCCAACACAGAUCUUGAAGUCAGUGGAGAAAGAAGAACGAGGAGAACUUGAACGCAUCAUUGCUGACCUCGAGGAAGAGCAAAGGUUCCAUAAUCUGUUCUUAGAAAAACUGGCUUCUACAUUUAUUGUAUCUUAAUACAUGUGCUUAAAA